AUGGCGCGUGAAGGUGCAGCGCCGUCGUCUUCCCCUGUGGACCAGUGGAUGAAGCGGCUACAGGAAGCCCAUCGGUUGGUGGACGAGGUUGCCGGGCAGGCCAAGCGGGUUGCCGAGAGGGAGUCCGUGGCACCGUCGCUGCCGCACGAAAUGCAGCGCCAAAACACCGAGAUCCGGCAUGGACAUGGCUUCCCUACCACCGGUGGCACCGCGUUAGUGGCGCUGAGGACGGUUGCAUUCGAAUCCGGGGACGGUGCCAGCAAGCGGACAACGGCAAGGGAGGCACCCGCUGUGGUGAUAUUGACAGCGCAAAGGUCCACGGGGGCGCAGCUGGUGGUAUGGAACGGCGUGGUCACGAGCUUCACGGAGGCAGGCAAGCGGCGGAUGUCGGUGGGGGCAAGGAACUCGAGUAGGACGUGGAAGCGGAGAACGUCGGCGAGGUCGGCGCCCGACGCGGCCACGAAUGCGAACGACGACAGCCACUAUGGGAGGUUGCCCGUUCGGCACGACAAGUAG